AUGGAUCCGGUCGGUCGUUCUGUUCGUUUCCUGGCCAAAUUGGAUCCCUCAGAACCUCACAAUUUCAUCACACCAUGCAAGAAGAUCAACGAGUCGAAAGAUGUCUCGGUGUUCCUGGUCUCAAAAGCUUACACAGAUAUUAUGACAUUCACUUUUCAAUUAAAUCGUUCGAUGUUCCCUACGAAAUUACCGGACGGUGAAUCACAAGCAUGGCCUAUAGGAACAGAUGGCGUCCAGUUCUCCGCACCCAUUCGACAAUUGCAGGAAUUACUCUCCAAGCUCGAGGAUCUCAUACAAGAGGUUCCGCCAGACACUGGGCCUCGUCGAUUUGGAAACAUCAGCUUCCGUAAAUGGCAUGAACUUCUCGCCGAACGCGCAUCCGGUCUGUUAAGAGACUGCUUGCCCGCGGAGCUUUUGGACAUGCCUUCAGCAGACCCGGAGGGACCUACAGCGGAGGCAGAACUUACGGCAUACUUUCUCGGCAGCUGGGGAAGUGGGCAGCGGUUGGAUUAUGGUACUGGGCAUGAGCUGAGCUUUUUGGCAUUCUUGGCAGCGAUCUGGAAGCUUAAUGGGUUCCCAACCUCUGACCCGGGCGUUGAAGAGAGAGCCAUUGUUCUCGGAGUUCUUGAACCAUACCUUGAGCUUGUCCGGACUUUGAUCAAAACAUACACACUUGAACCGGCCGGAUCCCAUGGUGUAUGGGGACUUGAUGACCACUCCUUCCUUCCCUACAUUUUGGGCUCAGCCCAAUUCGCUCCAGCCAUAGAUGAGACGGACUUGACCCCAGAAGAAGGGUCAUUACCUGAUGCUCCUGACCCCGGUGGAGUCGCCAAGGCGACCAGCGUAGAGAGGGAGAGGAGAACCAAUUUGUAUUUUUCGGCCGUUGGAUUUAUCUAUGAUGUGAAAAAGGGACCAUUCUGGGAACACAGCCCUAUGCUAUAUGACAUCUCUGGCAUCAGAGCCGGAUGGGGCAAGAUUAAUAAGGGCAUGCUGAAAAUGUACGACGCUGAGGUUUUGUCAAAGUUCCCCGUUGUACAGCACUUUCCCUUUGGUUCUCUGUUCAGCUGGGCUCGUGACCCUAACGCAGUCGCACCCCCGACCACUGUCCACUCAACAUCUGGCCCACAAGCGCGACCCAAUGUGCCAGAUGUAGGUCCAUCGACGACGACCCGACCAAAUGUGGAUGCAGGCACAAGGGCACCCUGGGCGACUGCAGGAGCGGGUUCUCGUGUGCCUUCUAUGGGAUCUACAGCAGCGCCAUGGGCAGCUACACGAAGGGAUAUGCCUCCAUCUUCAAACACAGCUCUUCCUGACGCCUCUCGCUUACCCCCGGGCCCUAUGGCUCCUACCAGAGCCCCUUGGGCAGCCUCAAAAGCUCCUCCACCAGGUGAUGUGCCUACCAAGGCACCAUGGGCUAAAUAG